AUGGCACUUCAAUUCAUGCAAAAUAUGAAGAAUUCCCUCCUCGGAAUACUGGCUGAUAUCAACUGGGAUGGCUCUACCCCUCGUUUGAUCAAGUAUCGAGCCCCGCAGAAGAGGGACGACUCCCAGCCUUCAUUGAAUAGCCUGGGAAAUGAGCUGAUUGUCAUCAUCUUCGACAUGGUCUGUACCGAAAGUCCAAAAUCUAUGAAGAACCUCGCACUGGUUAGUUCGCACUACUACCAUGCAGCGCGGUAUUAUCAGCAUCGAGAGAUAUGCCUCGAUAUAUCAGAGAGCAACAAAGAGCGACUUCAACAGCGGCUUGCAUCUAUCGUGAAAGGUGGACUUUCGCCAGCUAUUCGACGCAUUAACGUGCGAGGUGACGAGUAUGGGGAAAACGUCGAUGCCGUAGUUCAGCUCCUGCAAAAAACCACUGGGCUAAGGGACCUGGAGUGGAUGAACAAUGGCCCUCCCGUUUCGUCAAUCGGUGUUCCUGAGCAGGUCAUUGCCGCCCUUCGCCCCAAGAAGAUGGUGCGCCUCCGUACUACUCUCGGACAAGAAAUAGCCGUGCCUCUUAAGCCGAUUCCUACAUUCACUUCGCCUCUCCAAUUAACCGGGAGUGAGAAUCUGUAUUCGCUUAGGAUGUGCUUGACUUUCCAUAGAGAUGAAAACACCAGCAAGAUGAACCAGAUUUUGAAGCAGAUACUUUUGUCGAGCCCCAAUGUUCGCAAGCUUGCCAUUGACCUCGGCUCUCGGAAUCUCGGUCGUGUUAUACGCCCGUUACGCAGAUAUUUCGGCCUUGGGUUCGUGAACGGCGAGCGACCUCCAGCGCUAGAAGAGCUGGAGCUGCAUCAUUAUAUUUUUGGGAAUGGAAAACUGUCCGGAGAUGAAAAGGGACGACGUGGAAGUUGUAUUGGUUAUCCUGGAAAGGGUCUCGAGAUGGAUUACUGGGUCGAGACAUUUGACUGGUCUAUGUUAAGAAAGCUACAGACCGACAGCUGGGACUUUGCCUUGAAGUUGGCACCAAAGCUAAUUUCGCUUGACGAGGCCUCGUUUGGACAAGACACGCAACGGAGUAAAUUUUCGGAAUUUUAUAGGGCGGUUCCCAAUACUCUCAGUACCGUCCGACUCCCCAAAGUUGCUUCACUAGGGGUGGAGGGAAUUGUUGAACACGCUUCUAAACUGAAAAUUCUUCAUAUUCAUCAAGAACCGAUAGCCAUUUGGGGACAGUUAAGCAUUUGGGCGGAAGAAACUAUCGACGCACCAUCCCUGCUUAAAAUUCAACAGGAAUGCCCUCUAAUUGAGGAGCUGGCGCUUGAUAUCAAAAGGCAAGAUGAUUGGCCGUACGAUAUUCUCGAUAUCUUGGCAGGGUUCCCGAAACUACGAAGCUUGACAAUAUGGUUUGAACUGUGCUCGUAUAAUCCCGCGGAGUUCAUUCAUGAACCCACGGAAUUCAUUCAGCCCCCUUUGACCUACUCUGCUGUCGAGGAACUUUUCAUCUAUAUCCGUUCGAAGCGUCCCUUAAGCUUUCCGCCGCUGAAAGAGUUAAAGUUCCAGUGCGGGACCGCAAGUUUAGGGCCGACCCUCAACCGAUCUUAUCGGCCAACACCGAACAUCUCUACUUACGUCUGCCAGCCCUCUGAGAGAUAUGAAGAAGCGGCCGAUGGCAUGUUCAGGAUCACCUGUCUUGAAUUAACUGAGGAUGAGAAUGCAGUUUUGGAAAGGAUGAGGUACGACGCCGAGGCGGCCCCGGUCGACUUAAGCUCCGGCUUAAGAGUUGCGAUCCAUGGGCCGUAUUUAGAUGAGCCACCCUAUGAUCUAUUUUCAACUAGACUAGGUGAGUCUCGGAAAAACAAGGCCGCAACACCUGGUUUCUUCUUUCCUCGACCUUCUGUUACAGGUAGCAAUAGUCAAAACCCAUGA